AGGAAGAGGAAGAGUGAGGGAGGGAGGAGAGGAAGAGGGACUUGGGCCAAGACACGUAAUUCACCCCCUUUCUCUUGGCGCCAAUCUGGCGGAGAAAAAAAAAACUAUUUUGUUUUUUUUUGGUCGUUUAGUCAACUUUAGUGUAAUCAAUCGUGAGCAUAUUCUUUUGUAUCCAGUGGCGCUAGGUCGUUUGCUAAAUCGCUAUACCAUUUUUACAUAAUCUUGCCCCCUUUUUUUCUCCCCCCCCACCCCAAGAAACCACAUUCACUGAGCGACUAAGUUAGCUAGCUAGCAACAGCAAGACACAGCGGUCGUUUAAAAAAAACAACAACAGCGAUAUGGGGAGGAAGUCAAACAAAGCGAAGGAGAAGAAGCAGGCUCGCCUGGCGGAGAGGGCAGCCAUGGAUGCAGUGUGUGCCAAGGUGGACUCAGCCAAUAAGCUGGACGACCCUUUGGCUGCUUUCCCAGUCUUCAAAAAGUAUGACAGAAACGGAUUGAAUCUCCAGAUCGAGUGUAAGAGAGUGUCCACUCUCAACCCCAUGUCUGUGGAAUGGGCCUACGAGCUGACCCGGACCAACAUGCAAACACUGUAUGAGCAAAGCGAGUGGGGGUGGAAGGAGAGAGAAAAGAGGGAUGAGAUGAAAGACGAGAGGGCGUGGUAUCUGCUUGCUCGAGACACAGACUCCUCCCCCGUGGCCUUCUCUCACUUCCGAUUCGAUGUCGAGUGCGGGGAGGAGGUGCUAUACUGUUACGAGGUCCAGCUGGAGAGUAGGGUGCGGAGGAAAGGACUGGGCAAGUUUCUCAUCCAGAUACUACAGCUCAUCGCCAACAGCACACAGAUGAAGAAGGUGAUGUUAACAGUAUUCAAACACAACCACGGGGCGUACCAGUUCUUCAGAGAAGCUUUACAGUUCGAUAUCGACGACACCUCCCCCAGUAUGUCUGGUUGUUGUGGCGACGACUGCACCUAUGAGAUCCUGUCGCGGCGGACCAAACAUGCCGAGGCCCAAGCCGAGGCCCAGGGGCACAGCCACGGUGGAGGAGGGCACUGUGGAGGCUGCUGCCACUGAGGGAGCCUGUUCCUAUUUCACCACUUCCUGCCCACUUCCUGGUCCCACGCUCUAGAAGCUGCCCUUGGUCCGCUUCUCUGCUCAUGAGUCAUUACUGUACCCAACCUCCAAUCGCCCCAAAAUCCCUGGCCCCCUCUAUAUCCCACCCUCUCUCUCAUCCAUACCCCUCUCUUUCUCUCUCAUCCAUAUCCCUCUCUCUCUCCAUACUAUUUCAGUCUUUGAUAAGUUAGGAAUCUGCUUGUGCUCUGUCUUGGCAGCCACCUCUUCAACAGCUUUCUGAACUGUCCCAAGGCUCCAUCCCAAUAAUUCUAAUGUGCAAUGUAUUAGCCUUGCAUUCUGAAUGGUAAAUUAGGAUGGAUUGUUGGGACAGAGCCCCCACAAAUGUAUUUCUCUUAGUUUGAUCAGGUGUUCUGUAGAUAGUCUCCCUCUCUCUUCCCCAGAGCCUCUGAUCCGUUUCAGUUGAUCUUCUACAGUAUUUUUAAAUGCUGUCUCAUGGUAGGAACACCCGUUGUUCCUACAUUUUUGUAGAGCGACGUGAGAGAUACAUACAUAUAUAUAUAUAUAUAUUACACACACACAUUACCAGUCAAAAGUUAGGACGCCUGAUCAUUUGAAGGGUUUUUCUUAAUUUAAAAAAAAAAAAAAAAAAAGUUCUAAGUUGAAGAAUAGUGAAGACAUCACUACUAUGAAGUAACACAUAUGGAUUCAUGUAGGAACCUGAUUCACACAGUCUCCUCUGGACAGUUGAUGUUGAGAUGCGUCUGUUACUUGAACUCUGUGAAGCAUUUAUUUGGGCUGCGUGAAUCAGGCUGGUAACUAAUGAACUUAACCUGUGCAGCAGAGGUAACUCUGGGUCUUCCUUUCCAGUGGCGGUCCUCAUGAGAGCCAGUUUCAUCAUAGUGCUUGAUGGGUUUUUGCAACUGCGCUUGAAGACACUUUCAAAGUUCCGGAUUGACUGACCUUCAUGUCUUAAAGUAAUGACGGACUGUCGUUUCUCUUAGCCCUAUUUGGUAAAAGACCAAGAUAAGCAAUCUUCUGUAUACCACACCUACCUGGUCACAACACAACUGAUUGGCUCAAACACAUUAAGAAGGAAAUAAAUUCCACAAAUUAACUUUUAACAAGGCACGCCUGUUAAUUGAAAUGCAGUCCAGGUGACUUCCUCAUGAUCUGGUUGAGAGAAUGCCAAGCGUAUGCAAAGCUGUGAAGGAAAAGGAUGGCUACUUUGAAGAAUCUCAAAUAUAAAAUAUAUUGUUUUUCAUAGUUUUGAUUUCUUCACUAUUAUUCAACAAUGUGGAAUUAUUUUUUAUUUUAUUUUUUAUAAAUAAUGAAUCCCAGGACUGACUUAGGUGUCAACUUUUGACUGGUACUAUAUAUAUAUAUAUAUAUACACACACAUACACACACACGCAGUACCAUAUAUAUAUAUAAUAUAGUGCACUACUUUUGAACAGGGCCGUAGGGUAGUAAUUGUUGCCAUCUCUGUUACGUACAGAAACCUUCAGGGUAUAGUGGCUGGCAGAUCUGGGUUGCCAGAUUGAGGGGUUUCACAUAUAGAUACUAGAAACCCACCUCUGCUGUGUGUCUGUAUCCCACAUGGCAUGCUAAUGCCCAUAGGUCUCUGGUUAAAUGUAGUGCACUAAGGAAUAGGGUUAUAUUUGGGAUGUCUCCCCAGUGACAGGGAAGAUACUCAACUCUGGCAUCUCACCCAGGCUCGAAGUUUAAUGCUUUAUUAAAACAACAAAGAAACAAAAAAAGUUGACAUUUUUUCUUGUGCAUUGUAUAAAGAUAAACUGUCAGGUAAGUACAAUCACUCGUUUUGUUUUCUACUUUCCAACCAGAUAAUAUUCUACAGACCAUGUCUGUCUCAGGUUCAAAUCCCAACUGACACUAACAACCAUCUCUUCUUCGUGUUUCUUAGCAACUAUAUUACGGUCAAAUAGUUUGGGGGAAAGAAGACACCCCGAACCACAGAUCUAGUAUCAGAUUUCCCAACCUCAAAUUUGACUUUGUCCUGGACUAAAAAAAAUGAAUGCUUUUAAAUCCAGGACUAGGCUUAAUCUCGGUCUUGGAAACCAGCCCAGGGGGAGUGACAACGUUCCUCACCUGAGAUCAGUGGUUCGUUAGGGCAUAUAAAUGAAAGUCCUAAAAUGGUCAUUCGGCACUUACAUCAAUAGGCUUCUUCUAGAAAUCCUAUUUUUAUAGGUCAGAGGCAACUUGUUUAGCACCAACUCUGUUGGGAUGUGGGGGCAGGGUGGUUAGGGUUCUGAUCCCAGAUCUGUAUCCGCUACCUGGAUUGGUGGCUUUGGUCAGGUGGUGCGGGGACCGCUUUUGUUUAAAUUGAAAAUCCAUUUAGUUUAGGGAAUAAACGUUUCUUCAUAAUUGAUACAAAUAAAUCGGACUUUAUUAUGGCCUGUUUGAAUAUUUUCCCUCAUGAUCAACUCUCUUAUUUGUUUCUAUCAAUCAUUGUCUCUUUCUGUCUAUAUAAUCUGUUACAGAUUCAUUGGAUUGGUUUCUAUUUGCUUUUUACAGGUAAAACAAUUGUUUAGGUUUAAAAAAAAAAAGACAUUUAAACUCAAUGUUGGACAAUGAGUGUAUCUGUCCUGUGACUGAUUUCAUUAUUAACUGACAACGAUGGAAGGAGGGGAAAAAACGAAACGGUCAUUUCAACCUUGUCAGUGUUUUAUUUGUAUGUUACAAAUAAAGGAAACUUGUUUGA